CUAUUUAUAGAUAUAUGUAUAUAUAUGUAUAUAUUACAAUUUUAGAUUCACUGAGAGAAUGAUGUAUUAAAACUAGGAAAUUCUAGUAAAAGAUUAGUAUAGCCAACGUAAGGGCAUUAAACUUCUUAAUGCAAUAAGUGAUAAAGGAGAGAGAUCAACAAUCAAGUUUUUGUAUUUAUAUUCCUACUUGUUGAAAUAUAUCGUUUACAGUAUUUUAUUAAUAUUCUAUAUACAUUUAUACCUCUGCAAGAAACAUGUCCAAUAAAUUUGAGGCUUCUUACAGAUCAAAAACCAAUGAAGACAGUGGAGACGAAGAAACCCAAUCAAAGGACAGUCAUAAAGUUGAAAAAGAUCUAUUACCUCCUAUAGAAAUAAGUCCUCACGAGCACAAAUUGCAAUAUGCAUACGCGUUAUGGUAUAGUAGACGCAGUCCUGGUAAACAAACCAGCAUACAGAGUUACGACCAGAAUUUAAAAUUGGUUGGUAGGUUCGCAAGUGUGGAACAAUUUUGGGGUCUAUACAGUCACUUAGUCAGACCAUCAGAAUUAACAACACACACAGACUUUCACUUAUUUAAAGUGGGUAUAAAACCUAUGUGGGAGGAUGAGGCAAACCAAAGAGGUGGUAAAUGGAUAGUAAGAUUAAGAAAAGGCUUGGUGUCAAGAUGUUGGGAAAAUCUUAUUUUAGCUAUGUUAGGAGAGCAAUUUAUGGUAGGAGAGGAAAUAUGUGGUGCUGUUGUAUCCAUAAGGUUUCAAGAAGAUAUAAUUUGUGUUUGGAACAAAACAGCAUCGGAUGUUGCAACGACAGCAAGAAUUAGAGAUACACUUAGGAGAGUAUUACAUCUUCCAGCCAGUGCCUCUAUGGAAUAUAAGACUCACAAUGAAAGUUUAAAAAAUGUUCAUAGGCUUUAGAGCUAUGAAGAUCUGACUGCGAUACAUUUCAACCACUUUGUGGAGAUUGUGAAGAUACUUGUGACGUGGUGGCAAUUCUGACGUUCAGAAUAUUUUGCAAAUAAUGAAUUGGGCUAAACAACUGUUCGGUGAACCACUUUAUUCACAAGUGUCAUCAUUGUAACUUAUGUAAAUAAUAAAUACACAUUGCUAAUGGUUGUCUGAA